AUGGGGGUGGCCCCUGAAGAGCACCGUGCUUGGCCUCCCCAGCACGUGCAGCACAUGGAGCCGAUCCUGGACAGGCAAUCCUGGACAGGCUUUGCACAGCAGCUGUGUCAGUGAGGACGUCACCUGGAUUCUGUCCCCACUCUUGCCCUGCCUGGGGAGCAGAGCCACUGCCAGCACAGCCCAGCAGCUGCGGAGGUGUGAAAUGCUGACACACCAGCUGCCAGCACCAUUUACAUCAGCAAGAUUGGUCUCUUAGGACAAUAAUGGAUGUAGGACAAAUGAUGAUGGUGGAGGUAAUGAGAAAAUCUGUCUCCAGCUCCCAAGCCUUUCACCCUCGCAGUCUCUGAUCACCUCCAGGCUAUGACCUCAUCAUCAGUUUGUAGGAUACGGAGGUUAAAGCAUCUGCUCAAGAUCCUUCUGAAAGAAACCCAUCUGAGUCUCCUCCCUGAAACAGCAAUUUCCGUAUUGCCAUGGGGAAAUGGUAUCACCAUCCCAGGAAGCGUUCAAAAGGAGCAGCUUUGGUGGUUCAACGGAAGUGGGAUUAUUUGUUUGGCAUCUGAGGAACACUGGUGUACGGCAGAUACCAUGCCGGUUUGUACACCUUUACCAUGUGGCCAACAACAGGUUGAUUACCUUUCAGUACUUUAACUUUCUCAAACGAAUGUAUGUAACACGGUGCAACAAAGACCUCGGCCAACGAGCCAAACCCAAGUCCAAUUCAAUCGUGCCUCCCUUUCAUGAGCUUCAGCAAUUGGAUCAGGAAAAAAAGGUUGUACACAAAAUUAGCCCAGUUUCACCUGUUCAUCAGUCGUGGUCUGAGACAUCAAGCAGAAAUGAGUUGAGAGAAAUGAAAUCAGCUGCAGAAACUGAAGACUCAGUCAUACCAGUGGGAGCUGAAUCCAAAGAAGACAGACGAUGGAAAGAAAUGAAGCUACGGCUGGAUGAUUUGCCAGGAAUUUUGGCACGCUUGUCCAAAAUCAAGCUUACAGCUCUGGUCAUCAGCACCACAUCCGCUGGCUUUGCCAUGGCCCCGGUCCCUUUUGAACUCACCUGUUUCCUGCUCGCCUCCCUUGGAACUGGCCUGGCCUCCUGUGCAGCCAACUCCAUUAAUCAGUUCUUUGAGGUUCCGUUUGACUCAAAUAUGAACAGGACUAAAAACAGACCACUGGUGCGAGGACAGAUCAGUCCCCUGCUCGCUGUCUGCUUUGCUGCCUGCUGCGGAAUCCCAGGAAUUGCCUUGCUUGCACUGGGAGUGAACCCUCUCACUGGGGCGCUGGGAGCCUUCAACAUCUUCCUCUACACGUGCUGUUACACACCCCUGAAGAGGAUGAGCAUUGCCAACACAUGGGUGGGAGCUGUUGUUGGGGCCAUUCCCCCCGUCAUGGGCUGGACUGCAGCUACUGGGAGUCUGGAUGCUGGUGCAUUACUGUUAGGAGGGAUCCUCUAUUCCUGGCAGUUCCCUCACUUCAAUGCCCUGAGCUGGGGUCUGCGCGAAGAUUACUCCCGAGGAGGAUACUGUAUGAUGUCUGUCACUCACCCAGGGCUGUGCAGGCGGGUCGCUCUGCGUCACUGCUUGGCCUUGAUUGGACUCUCAACGGUGGCUCCUGUCCUCAACAUCACCACAUGGACUUUCCCCAUCAUUUCACUCCCCAUCAACCUCUACAUCUCCUACCUCGGCUUUCGCUUCUACAGGGAUGCUGACCGCAGCAGCUCCAGGAAGCUCUUCUUCUGCAGUUUGUGGCACUUGCCAAUGCUGCUGCUUGUCAUGUUCACCUGCAAGAAAUCGGUCCUGGAGAAGGAAGACAAAGGUGAUUUACCUGGGGGAAGUAAUGAAAUGGCCAUGGAAAUCAGAUUGCCUUAAAUGUCAAUACCUGUCAUCCUCAUGACACAUCAGGUAGUAUAUUUUAGUAAUUGCAAGGGGGAAUCCUGUGGGCAUCUGUUUGAAGAAGAAUCAUUUGUGCCUAGCAACCACUUCAUAUGAUAAUUUUCUAUUUUCUUUUGAAAGGGAAUAGUCAGGAGAGCUUAAAACAUUCAGAACCUUAGGUCCCUUAACUCAUCACAGGUUAUGAUUUAGCCUAUGCCAGAAGCACAUCACUUUGGGAUGGCCUUCCAAAGUCCCUGUGAGUCAUGGUCUCUGUCCUCAUGGGUAGUUGAGGUAGUUAAGAAGUCACAUGUACACACGUACCGCCAUCAGUACUGGCAGCCUUGGUGAAGCCAUCCAGAAGUGACCAGUAAAUGAUUUCUCACCCUUCUCCCUAACCACCCUUUCCUUUAAUUUAAGCUUUGAGGCACAUGAGAGGGUGACUUCUGCUUCUCUGAAUCUGUGCCAUCUGUGCACUGGUAUUACACCAAAGCCCUCAGUUUUGGGGACUUUUUUCAAUCAGCUGCUCUUCCCAAUGUUCUCAUGCACCUCCAUAGAUUUUUAGCUCUCACACACCUGGCACAGUGCUAAAGGAGUGAAGAAAACUGUCUUUCAGCACAACACACACAAGCAUUUAAACAGCUCUCCUGUAGCAUAUCCCUUGGACACACUGAGUCACUCUAGUGUCUUUCAAUCACAGGGAACUUCUGACUCAUGUCAUUAGUGUUUGAGCCCUGUGUGUCAGAUCUUCAGCUGGUAAAAAUCACCAUUACUGUUAAUGGCAGAGACAAUGUGAAUUGUAGGGGAGGUGAGAAGCAUAUCCCAGAGCCAGGUGGUUGUAAGGCUUUUCCAUGUUAGUGCAUCUUACGCCAGCCCAUUGAGUCUCAGCAUCCUUAGACAAGCUCUCGACUGGCAUGAAGAGCUUGAGCUGUGUUUAAUGUCCUACUGUGGGUGGUGGCUCAGAAAGGCUUCACUUUGGGGGUGAUUAAUAGGUAAGGAAACACAUUUUACAUAAAAAGGGCUGAGGAUUUUAAUGUAACAGAAUGUUCACUUACUAAUGCAGCCAGUGUCUCUCCAAAGCAAUUAUUGUGGAUGGUCUCCUGAGAAAACUGCAUUACCCCUGUUAAAUGAUACACUGAAGAACAUUUCUGGUCACAGUUUAACAUGCUUGUGAUCCUGCUGCUCAGCUGUGGCUCACCUUCAUCUUGCCUGGAGCUGUCUGUGACCUCCUGGUGUACUCCCAAACACAGCAGCAUCAGGGGCAGACAGAGACACUGAUAGUUUAUUGUGGUAGUGCCUGUUAUGACUUGAUGUGUUUUCAUGCCAAGAUUUUUUUCCCAUGUGGAGAGGGACUGGGCAGCAGGAUGAGCACUGAUCCAAUGAUACAGCAAUAUCUAAAAGAAAGACACUGUCUCAAGCUUGAUCUCAAAUAAAGCCCUCAGUAAAUGCCACAAAUCUGCCGCCACAGGUGUAUCACACUGACAUAAAACCUUCCCUGGCUGCUGUCAUGAUCCAAGCCUGGCUCUUGGUCUCAGUUAUACUGGUGUAAAUCAGGAGUGACACGGUUUAACCUCUGUUUUCUGGCAGAAGUGCUUGCAGGAGAAGAGCUACCUGUUUCCAUGGCUCUUAAAUAACCACCUGCAAGAUUUGGUGACUUGAUUGCAGGUGACAAGAUGGAGCUCUCUCAGACUCCACUGUGCUCAAGUUACUGUGGGUGACACUUUGUGGAACUGUAUGGAAACUGUGGAAACUCCUUAAUUUGUUUUAAAAAUGCAUACAGUCUUCUCUGCAAUAAAGUUCAUACUGUCCAAAAAGA